AUGCAAUAGCAUUCGGGAAAUACCAGGCGGGGAAUAGGAAAAGAAACACAUGCGAUAAGUCAUCCUGCAAUAUUUGGCAGCUUUAUAAAUCUAAAACAAACGAAUAGGGUGCGAACAUAUACCAGGUUACAAUUGCAUAUUGUGGGAUUUGUUUUUAAAAAGCGCCAUUUUUUUGCACGAGGAUGGUUUAAGUAAAGAUAAACCGCGAAUUUGGCCCUCACGCGGGCAUCUUUCAAAGCUAACAGCGUUAGCGUGCUAGAUGUGACGCUGGGUUGCUCGCUGGCCGUCUUCAUGAGUAGCUGAAGUCCAAUUAGCCAGUUGGUGGUGAAUGUUUGGCUCUUAAGAUAAAAUGUCUGGCUUUAACUUCGGAUCAGGGACUCUUGGUUCCGCCAGCACUGGUGGGGGAUUCUCGUUUGGGACCGUAACCAGUGCACCUGCGGCCAGUACUGGUGGCUUCUCUAUUGGGACUGCUCUGGGUACACCAGCUGCAGCCCCAGCCCCCACCACAAACGCCACCCAAGCUCUUGGCCUAGGAGGCAGUCUCUUUGGUCAAAAACCUACCGGAGGAUUCUCUUUUAACACACCUGCCUCAAGCGCUGCUGCACCUGCUACCGGCCUUACAUUAGGUGCCCCAGCCACUUCAGCUGCAUCCACUGGCUUCAGCUUGGCCUUCAACAAGCCCACCGGCUCAGCAACACCCUUCUCCCUCACCACCUCCGCAACCACCUCCUCAUCAGCUCCCGCAGGGGCAGGUUUAACAUUUGGGUCUGUCCUGACAUCUACAGCUCCGCAGCAGCCUGCAGUCACAGGCUUCACCCUCGGUCUUGGUGGCACAAACACCACAACAGCAGCCUUAGCAGGCCCGUCACUGGGCGGGGGUCUCUUCUCCAACACUGUGUCUGCAGGUUUGGGUCAGACCACUCUUGGAGGAGGAGGGUUAACAUUGGGUUCUCUGUUAGCAACCUCCACAGCAGUAUCAGCGGCCCCUGCGCCCAGCAUUGGCUUGGGUGGAGUCGACUUCAGCACUUCUUCUGAGAGUAAGAGCGACACAUCAUCUGGAGCCAGUGCACAGGACAGUAAAGCUUUAAAAGACGAGAACCUGCCCCCAGUCAUUUGUCAGGAUGUCGAGAAUUUCCAAAAAUUUGUGAAAGACCAGAAACAGGUUCAGGAGGACAUCAGCAGAAUGUCAUCGAAAGCCAUUUCUAAAGUCCAAGAUGACAUCAAAAGCCUCAAACAGCUUCUCUCUGUCAGUGCCAGCGGCCUGCAGCGGCAAGCUCUGGCCAUUGACAAACUAAAGCUGGAGACGGCACAGGAGCUGAAAAAUGCCGACAUAGCCCUGCGUACACAAAAGACUCCCCCUGGACUUCAACACGAGAACACUGCGCCAUCAGAUUAUUUCCGUAGCCUGAUAGAGCAGUUUGAGGUGCAGUUGCAGCAAUACCGGCAGCAGAUAGAAGAACUCGAGAACCACCUAACAACGCAGAGCACUGGCUCCCACAUCACUCCUCAGGACUUGACAUUGGCCAUGCAGAAGUUGUACCAGACAUUUGUCGCGCAGGCUGCUCAGCUCCAGUCUGUCCACGAGAAUGUCAAGAUUUUGAAGCACCAGUACCUUUCCUACCGUCGGGCCUUCCUGGAAGACUCCACAGACGUCUUUGAGUCCAAACGAGCGUCUAACAGGAAGUGGCAGAGUGCGCCGCGAGUCACGACUGGGCCUGCCCCAUUCUCCAGUGUGCCCAAUGCUGCAGCGGUUGCCAUGGCAGCCACGUUGACCCAGCAACAGCAGCCAACUCCAGGGACCCAGGCACCCUUGGGGGCAGGGUUUGGAAACCCCUUUGCCUCGGCAGUGGGCACUAGCUUGGGCUCUUCUACCCUUGGAGGUUUUGGUGGUGGGCCAGGAUUUGGUGGGGUGGGGACUGGGGGGUCUUCUUUUGCCUUCUCCUCCACCAGUAAGCCCACAGGAGGCAGUCUGAGUGCAGGUUUUGGUAGCAGCAGUAGCUCAGGCUUUAAUUUCAGUAACCCUGGCAUCAACCCCUCGGCCGGCCUGACCUUUGGCGUGUCUAACCAACCUGCCGCGGGCUUCGGCACAGGAGGGCCCCUUCUCCAGCUCAAGAAACCCCCAGCUGGUAACAAAAGGGGAAAGAGAUAGAACCGAGGAAAGACAGAACCCUGUGACUGACCGCCUGACCAGCUUUGGUGUUUUGUAGCGGGUAAGGCCUGGUCUCCCAAAAGCAUAUAAGUGCUUUUAAUAAUCAUUAUCCAGCUACAGAAUAAAGACAAUUUCAAUUUGAGGAAAUCUUUAGAGAUGGGAUUGAACCCACCAUAAAACAGCAACACAAGAUCUCCCAUUUAAAAUCAUUUGGAGGUAUAUACUCAAUAAAUGGAGAAAAAGAAAAUCCCAUUGACAGAUGAGCAUUAUCUUUCCAUAAUGCAUUGGUCUGUAUUCUCCACUGUUCAAAAUUGAUUUGAAGUCUAUAGCGAGUAUUGCCCACAUUCACGUGUCGUAUGAAAUCCAUCUAAACAAUUAAUACUCAGUAACUCUGAAUCAAUGUAGCAGACAGUGGCAUGUAUGGAAAGGUUAGAAAUAUUUUUCUUUGCCUGCACGCUAUAAUGCUUUUGGGAAUGCCAGCCAUGGACAGAGCUGGGUCAAUUAUAAAUCAUUCAGUUAUCUGUGAGGAAUUCCUUUAGUCUGAAUAUUGUGCAAGAUUGAUGUUUUUUACGCUUGUUGAGGUGAAGAGUGCAGUUGGAUCCAUUGUGUAACACAAAACGUCAAUCGCAUAACUGCACUUGGAACUCAAAUGAUGACUUGGCCCAAGUCUUGUCCAGGGAAUGGAAAGAAGCUUAUGGGGUAAUAGUUGGUUGGGGACAGUGUAGUUCCUGCCCGAAGGUGUCACUGGGGGGUAUUAUCUGAUCCUCGAUAGUUUUAUAGGCACAGGAAAGUGUCCAGGGUGGGUUUUUGGGGAAGCACAGAUUUAUUUUUGUAUCAAGUGGAGAAAGAGAUGACAUUCGAGAGGGGUAAAAGGGGACUUGGGAUACCAUUAUCUAGUCCAGAUAACUUGUGUUGUUGUUUUUAUUUUAUUAAAUCCUAUCCAUCCUUAUCAUUGUUUAAUAAUUACUUUUUAGACAAAUUUUGUUUGGCCCAAUGUAAUAACUUGGGAGGGAAAACGCUGUGCUGUUUGCAUCACAUGGCUCCCAUUAUAAAUGUUAAGUUAGUUGAAUCUGAAAGGGAUUUCAAAAGCAGAUUCUACCUACUCUACUCAAUUUAUACAUGUGCUAGAAUAAAUUUGCACUUACCAGUGUAUAUGACCUGACGGUGAUUGUGUGAAUGUGCAUGUGUGCCUAUUGCACAAGUAUGAAUUUUUUUCUCUCUUUGUCUAUCAUAGUUGCUGACUUCUUUUGAGCGUCGGGUGUGGUUGGGGUGAUUCUCUGCUUUUUUUUAAAAUUGUCCAUGUCAGUUCGGUUACCAAAUACUGGUAGUUGUACUAUUAUUUUCUAAUCACAGUCUGUGUAAACCUGUAUUUUCAAGAAGCUGUUUAAUAAUAAAAUGGUCAAUAUGAUGUUUUGCCUGUUUAUGGCAUCACUUCAAUAAAUGUGUGUGUUGACACAGAA